CGGCCAAAACACCAAAAUUUGGGACGGAACCCUAGACUCAGAGGUGCUCAGAGGUGCGAUGUCCCCAAAAGUCGUGCCAUUCAGUCGUGCUGUGGAUCCUGUCGUGGAUCCUCUCGCACUUGAGCUUCUGACAGUGAAGCCUAGGGCUAAGCCUAACGUUGCUGCCUAAAACUUGCAAGGCCCUUCUUGCUCAUUGAAGGCCAUUCUGGCUCAGUCUUGCUCAGGUUUACGGCAAUGCAGGGGGUUCAGCUGCCUCAAUAAAAGGUGUCCCCAGCGCCAAUCUAAAUCGGUUCCUCCUCUACUUCUCCUCCGUGCUCACUCGUCAUCAUUUGGUAUAGAAGGAGCUUUCAGCAGCUGAGCUCUGGGCCUCAUCAAACCCAGUUCAGGAUGAGCGGUCGGCGCGUCAGGAUUGCCAUCAUCGGCGAUGUGCACGAGGUUUGGGAUGCUGAUAUUGACAGAAGAGCGCUAGAAAGCUUGGAGGUUGACCUGACCCUCUUCGUAGGCGACUUUGGCGAGCAGAAGGUGGAGCUUGUCCAGGCAGUCAGUGAGCUGCCCGUGCCGAAGGCGGUCAUUCUGGGAAACCAUGACGCCUGGCUUCCUUUCGGGCCCAAGAAGGAGGAUGGCAUUGACGGGGUGCAACAGCAACUUGACCUGCUUGGCGAGUGCCACGUGGGCUACGGACGGCUCGACUUUCCGGACCUGCAGCUGAGCGUCGUGGGGGGACGCCCGUUCUCGUCCGGCGGCACUGAUUGGGAGUCUUCCGCAGCUUAUUCAAAGAAAAGGUACGGGUACACCAGCUUCGACGAGUCUGCACGAGCGAUCGCCCAGCAAGCGCUCGCCGCCCCUCGCGACGACACGCUGAUCGUCAUGGCUCAUAAUGGCCCCACAGGUCUUGGCGAUCGGCCGGAGGACAUUUGCGGAAGAGACUUUGGGCGGCCUGCGGGGGGCGACUACGGAGACCCAGAUCUGCAAAUUGCUCUGGAUUUGGUCCGGGCUGCCGGGCGCGACGUUCCACUGGUCACCUUCGGCCACAUGCACCAGAUCCUGGCCCACGGGAAAGGGGAGCGGAAACUGCUGGUUAACAACCCGUCGACCGGGACGGUUUACCUUAACACCGCCAUUGUGCCACGGGUUAAAGAUGUGUGGUCAGGACAGGAUGACGAAGGUUCGCCAGUCAAAUGUCGGGAUUGUCGAAACUUUUUCGUGGUUGAGAUGGAGGAUUCGCGGGUUCGGUCUGUUCAGGAGUUGUGGGUCAGUGUAAGUCCGGGUGAGAAGCCCGCUUGUAUUGUGAGCAGGCAAGAAUUGCUCAUUGAGACUGUGUAAAUUCCACAAUUAGAUACGAAGCCUGAGUACAGUCAAAUAGACCGAUACAGACCGAUACAGGUUACAAAACCAGAUGUUGAUAAACUUACAUAAGAGUCUUAAGGUCAACAUCAGGCCUUGUCCUUCAUAAGAAAGAGGAAGACACAUCGAUGUCAGAAUGUCCCCUUAGACGACCUUUGGUUUCAAAUUAACGAGGUCUGAUCUCAAACCCUUUCUGUACCAUGUUUGAGAUCCAAGUGUCACCAAACGUCAC